GCUAAAACUAUUCCAAUUCCCCGGUGGCAAGGCUGGUAAAGGAACAAAAUAUAAAUUGGAGAACGAAGAGAAGGAUUGUAUAAUGCUAUAUGUGCUUAUGAACAUGGAGGAAGUGAUCCCAUUCGUAAGCGAAUUCACGGAUGAAAUGUGGCCGUAUGAUGAAUUGCCCGAAACCUCGGAGAUGGACACUCUACUGAAAGACGGUGCUCCCGGAAUUAAUAAAAACUUUGUGACAUGGUUCAUGGAAAAAGGCCGUGAGAGAAACGUUGAUAUGAUAGAUGAGUUGAAAUGUGUUUCCCAAGGUUGUAGCCGUGAGGUGACCAAGUAUGAGAAGUAUGAUGUGAAUGGGUUUCGCUUCCACACAGAGACGCACCAGAAGGGCCGGGCGAAUCCCAAAACGAUAAAUACUGGGGUCUUCACCAAAGGAGCCAACAACUUUGAUUACUACGGAAGGUUACAAAGUGUAUACGAGUUGACAUUCAAUCGUACGAACGUGCAACUCAAUAUCGUCGUGUUCAAGUGUCAUUGGUUCGACCCAAUAGGUGGACAGAGAAGUGAUAAGUCCAUUGGGUUAGUUGAAGUUAAGCCUUCAACCACCUAUAGCGGAGCCGAUGUCUUUAUUGUGGCUCACCAAGCCAAGCAAGUUUAUUAUUUGCCCUACCCAUGCCAGAAAGCGGAACUCAAGGGUUGGGAAGUCGUCUUCCAGGUAUCGCCACAUGGUAACCUACCGAUUCCCUCUGAGGAUGAUUACAACAACAUUGACCCCGUGACAUACGAGGGGAUUUUCUAUCAAGAGGAACAGGACUUCGGGGAAUAUAUUUUAGAACCAAACUCGUGGUGA